AUGGACCAGACUACAGUUAUGAAGCCUGAACUCAACAGCGAAACGAUAUCUCCAGUAAUUACAGUUAAAAAGCUUGCCUACGGAGAUCAUGAGCUCCAGCGCGUCGCCGUUUACUCCGUACCGCCAAUCGAAGUUGAGCAUGGUGCAAUUUGGCUAGUAUAUAUUCAUGGUGGUGCCUGGCGAGACCCUGAAAUUACAGAAGAUUCGUUUUUUCCGACCAUCAAACGCCUACUCUUACACCCUCUCCGUCGACGCAUAAAGGGCUUUGCGUCCAUAUCGUAUCGCCUCUCACCACAUCCCACACACCCGCAAGAGGCAGCGACACCGGCAAGCAAGUGCCGGAAUGCGCAGCAUCCUGAUCACAUCAAUGAUGUCCUUGCCGGCCUUACGUUACUGCAGAAUCUGUAUCAUUUUGGCCACGACUAUCUCUUAGCCGGACACUCGUGCGGCGCCACGCUUGCCUUUCAAAGUGUUAUGCGCGAUUGCUUCCCCUCAAGCACCCCCAAACCCUCGGUCAUCGUUGGUAUCGCUGGAAUCUAUAACUUACUGGGCUUGCGAGACCGCCAUGAUGAUCCCACAUAUGGGGUCUUUCUCAACGCUGCAUUUGGGGCAGACGAAAGCAUUUUACACGCUGCGGCGCCUACCAACUAUCCAGCCUUUCCUACUUCCUGGCCGGAAGCGAAGCUGGUAGUCUUGGCGCACUCCCGCGAUGAUAACUUAGUCGAAGCAGUCCAACUCAGCGACAUAACCACUUCGUCACUUGCGCGGAGCAACGCCCGUAUCGAAGUAAACGAGGAAAUCAUUAUCGGUACGCAUGAUGCUGCUUGGAAAGAGGGCCAAAUCGCCGACUUAAUUGUAGAAAAGGUCCUCAAAUCCUACUUUGCCUCUUAG